UUUGGAAAAAAAAAAAGGAUGCCAAAACCCUCAACCAAGAUUCGACGUUCAAGAAAGUGAAACCGGCGUAUUGGCUCCAUCGAGCUUUUACUCCUCUCGCAACGAUGAAGAUGGAGACGUGCAGAGCCCAGAAUCAACCGCCCAACAUAUUUCCAAAAUAAAUACUACUACACCUUACUCCCUACUCCCCACCCACCCAAUAAAAAGGAAAUGAAGAUGAAUCCUCAUCUGCUCUUUUCAAUCUCCGCCACCUUUCUCUCUUUUCUUCUCUUCACCUCCUCUCUCUUCUCCGUCGUGCAGUCAACGAAAUUCAAGAUAGUAAACAAGUGCCGGCACACCAUAUGGCCAGGUAUACUGACCGGCGCCAACAGGAGACCGCUCAAUCCCACCGGCUUCAUUCUCAAGAGCGGCAAAUCCAUCACUCUCUCCGUACCAAGCUCAUGGUCGGGUCGGAUUUGGGGCCGCACCGACUGCUCCACCGACCCAUCCACCGGGAAAUUCUCUUGCCUCACGGCCGACUGCGGCUCCGGCAGGGUAGAAUGCGCUGGCAGCGGCGCGGUUCCCCCGGCCACCCUCGCCGAAUUCACUUUAAACGGGGACCAGGGUUUGGAUUUUUAUGACGUGAGCUUGGUGGACGGGUACAACCUGCCCAUGCUGGUGGUGGCCAAGGGAGGGACAAGAGGGGGAUGCAGCUCGACGGGGUGUCUAGUGGACUUGAAUGGGGCGUGUCCUCCGGCGCUGAGGGUUGCGGCUGGGAACGGGAGUGAGAUCCGGAGCGUGGCGUGUAAGAGCGCGUGUGAGGCGUUCGGUGAUCCGGCUUAUUGUUGUAGCGAGGGGCAUAAUACGCCGGACACGUGUCAGCCGUCGGAGUACUCUUUGUUCUUCAAGCACGCCUGCCCCCGUGCUUAUAGCUAUGCCUACGACGAUAAGACCAGCACCUUCACUUGUGCGUCCGCGGACUACCUCAUCAUCUUCUGCCCGUUGCCUUACACCAGCAUGAAAUUGCUGGGAGCUCGAAGAGAGGCUGCACAAUUGCCCCUGGUUAACAAAACAACAAUGUACAUCGGAAGACACCAUGCUUAGUGGUGUAUCAUCUCCAGGCUGAUUCAAAGAUAGCUGCAGGCAGUUGGAGAAUACAAUUUUCUUCAUGAGCCCCUAUUGCUGCACUACCUCCCUGAUUUAUCCAACCUGGGUUCAAUUGGAGGAUCUGCAUUUUGCAGAUGACAAUGAAUGCAAAGUAUUGUAUAUAGUUCCUUGCAUCCUUUGCGGUGAAUUUUUUUCCUGCUCUUAUGAUUGAGUUGUGUUAUGAUUAGAUUGCUCAGUUGGUGGGAUGCUGUUAUCAUGUAACAAUGAGUCAUGUGCAGUUUACAAGUCAACGUAUAAUGCAAUAUCAACUUGGUAAAGCAGUUUGUCAAACCUGUUAGUUUUUGAAGAACUGAUAUUGUAAAGGGUGAUGGACACCAGGAUAAUUGCUGGCUUCUUCUGGGCUCUAAACGAAGUGGAUUUUUGUUUUGCCUUCACGCAGCAACACACGAAGGCCAUCAUCUGACUUUUUAGCAAAUGCUCAACUAGGCUUAACUAUUUAAUGCAUUUCAUCUGCAAAAGAAAUACAAUUAGACCAUUUGGCAAUGUGGGACGGUACCAAUAUUUUUGUUUCUGGCAUUUGCCUGUUCUGUUAUCCUUCUUUUUGCUGUUCUCCAGGGAUAAAAUGUUUUGAAUUCUCUGCCAAAUGUAAGGCUAGAAAUUGCAAUCACUUAUGGGAAUGUUGUACAUGCUGACCUUGUCUCA